AUGUUUGCGGCGUGCUGGAGGCUGCUGGUCCUCCUCCCCCUCGUGAGCUGCGUCCCGUCUCCCUCCAGACCUCCUCCCAGACACUGCCGGCGGUGCUGCGACCCGUCGGAGCCGCCGGCGGCCGCGACCCAGUACCUGGUGCCGGAGGUCCGGACCGUCAUCAACAUGACCAUCCUCAAAGGUGACAAAGGAGACAAAGGGGACAAGGGGACACCCGGCAAGCCGGGUCUAGAGGGGCCUCCUGGCUAUCGGGGCCCCAUGGGCCCCAAGGGGAGCAAGGGCCAGGCGGGUUCCCCCGGAGACGCCUGCAAGAUCCCGCAGUCGUCCUUCUCGGUGGGGCGGCGCAAGUCCCUGCACAGCGUGGACUACUACCAGGCGCUGGUGUUCGACACGGUGUUCGUCAACCUCUACGAGCACUUCAACAUGUUCAAGGGCAAGUUCUACUGCUACGUGCCGGGCGUCUACUUCUUCAACGUCAACAUCCACACCUGGAACUUCAAGGAGACCUACCUGCACCUGAUGCACAACGACACGGAGCAGGUGAUCCUGUACGCGCAGCCCAGCGAGCGCUCCAUCAUGCAGAGCCAGAGCGUGAUGCUGCAGCUGGCGCUCAACGACGAGGUGUGGGUGCGUCUGUACAAGCGCGAGCGCGAGAACGCCAUCUACAGCGACGACGUGGACGUCUACAUCACCUUCAGCGGGUACCUGGUGGCCCCCAGCAUCCAGUGAGGAACACACUGGGCGUGCUUCAACGGGGACACAUUAGAAUCUAAAGGGGCAAAAACAAGGGGAGCGCAGCGCAGCGCUCAGAUCCUCCCUUUGCGCUCAAACCACGCCUUGGUCCAAAGCCAACCUCUUUGCUGCUUCUGAGCUCCGCUGCUUCCUCUUGGGUUUUCCUUUCAGGGACUUUGUAAAAGCACAUCUCUUAUCAGGAGUCCACGUCGACGCGUAGCCGAGACUGAGAGGCUUCAACAGCAACACGUCACUUCACCCCAAACUACAGCUUUUCCACUCGUCCUGAGGUUCGCUCACCAGGUUCCGUUCAGGCUCAUUUUUCAGCGCCGUUCCUCUAAAUGUUUCUUUUCUCUGGCUUUCGUGACUUCAUGCCUCAGUGGUUGCUUUCUGAAUCAGAUUCGAGGCUGUUUGGACUCAUUCUGAUUUAAUCCAGCUUCAGGGAAUCGUUAUCCUCGCUGAACCUUUGUUUUAUGCUGCGUCCAGUGUUUUGCACCAGCGGAGACCUCCAGAGCCCAGAUGUUUGAUGAGAGAAUGCUCCUGCAGGAGUUGGGUUUAGAAAAGGAAACCACUGUGCUCCUUGACUGACUCUAGCACUUUUCAAAUGGUGCAUUUUAAAUUUUCUGGUGCUAAAAGCAAAAAUCUGACAUUUGAAAAGCUCCCGGUCUUCUUUCAAAAAGGAAACUGUGGCAAGUUGCUGUUUUCACCAGCUUUGACGAUCUGCAGAGACAGAGUCCAAUGGAAACUAUCACACCUCAAACAUAUCCCAGUAUUCUAAUAAUAAUAAUAAAAAAAAAACGAAGAAAUAAUAAGGUGCUAAUAAUAAAUACAGGAAUGUAUUUGAUUAGAAUGAUUCAUUGUGUAUUUUUACGGAAGCUUCAAACUGCAGAGCAGUUCGUGUAAAUAGCUGAAUGACGCCUUCAUAUUUGUUUAUAUCUGUAAGAAACCGAGUGCCUCUCUCUGUUUUACUGAGGAACACGGUGACACUUGAGAAAUUAAAGUCUUCACAACAAA